AUGGCGGUAUUGAGGAGUGUGCUGGCCAUUGCGGCCGUAUUGGCUUCUGGAGUAUGGUGCAUGACACCUCACGCUUACUCGUUCGACGACCACGAGUCCACCACUACCUGGCAUUUGAUGAACAUCUCGUCCGGCGACAUUACCAAAGUGCCCUUCGGAGACGACAUUUCAGAAGUCGUCUGGGUCGGUGAGACGGACACUAGCAUCCUGUACACCAGUACCAAGUCUCCCGUCUCUUCUGGCAUCUCGCUCUGGACGGCGGAUCUAGCAGACCCGAAGGUGAAGGGCACGAGAGUAGCGAAUCUGCCGGCUCCGUAUUCAGGCUUGAAGGCUGUCAGGACAUCGGAGGGAGAUAUCAACUUCCUACUGAACUGCCUCGCUUACGAGAACGGCACGGCAUAUAACGAGGAUCUAGCCGAGGUAUCGUAUACUACUGGCCGACUGUACGAUAGCAACUAUGUUCGCCACUGGGAUACGUACUUAACACAGCAGCGCUACGCUGUCUUCUCAGGCACCCUGACCGGAUCUGGAUCGAGCUACGACUUGGACGGCGAGAUGAACAAUCUUCUCAAGGGCAUCGAAGCUCCUGUUACUCGCCCAGAAUGUCCGGUCCAGCCGUUCGGCGGCAGUGGUGACUACGAUCUCAGCCCAGAUGGCAGCACUGUUGUGUUCCUAACCAAGGCGCCGGAGCUGCCGAAGGCAAACUACACUGCCAGCUAUCUCUACUUGGUUCCACACGAUGGCUCGUCGGUGGCAGAGCAGCUCAAUGGACCUGGGACCAAAGCUCCAGCGAACGCUAAAGGUGCCUCUGGUGCACCUGUGUUCUCACUAGACUCAAAAUCCAUUGCAUACUACCAGCAAGAUGGUGUGUCAUAUGAGAGCGACAGGUCGAAGAUGUACGUUGCGGAUGUUGCUUCCGGCAAGAUCUCACCCGUCGCCGAGAACUGGGACGCUUCGGCAGCGGUCAUCAAGUGGUCGAAUAACUGCAAUGACCUCUACGUUACCUCCGACUACCUUGCGAGCACUCGGCUGUUCAUCAUUCCAGCAGACGCUGGAGCCAACUUCAAGCCUACCAAUAUGACUGACAUUACAUCCGUCUCCGACUAUUACAUCCUUCCCGGUGGCAAUGCUCUGGUGACAGCUAAUGCCGUCUGGUCAUCCUUCAACGUCUACAUCGCAUCACCCAACGGAGAAGCCAGCUAUCUCCACCAAGCCAAUGAGGAAGACCCCGAGCUCGAAGGUUUAGGUCCAGACGACGUGGACUUCAUCUGGUACGAAGGCACACUAGGAGACCAGCAACAGGCCAUUGUCGUCUACCCGACCGACUUUGACCCGUCGCAAGUCUACGACUUUAUCUUCUAUGUUCACGGUGGCCCGCAAGGCUACACUGGCAAUGUCUGGUCAUCACGUUGGAAUCUGAAGACGUGGGCAGAUCAAGGCUAUGUCCUUGUCGGUCCCAACCCUACGGGCUCGACUUCAUACGGGCAGAGUCUUACCGAUCGCAUCCGGGGCAAAUGGGGCAGCUGGCCCUACGAAGACCUACUCAAGGCGUACAACCACGCCUGCAACAACCUCCCCUACAUCAACUGCAGCAACGCCGUCGCAGCCGGCGCUUCCUACGGCGGCUACAUGAUGAACUGGAUCCAGGGCCACCCCCUCGGCCGCAACUUCAAAGCCCUCGUCUCCCACGACGGCGUCACAACCACCUUCUCCGACUACGGCACCGAAGAGCUCUGGUUCAUCCAGCACGACUUCAACGGCACCAUCUGGGAUAACCGCGAGACGUACCGUCUCUGGGACCCGCUACGGUUUGCGAAGAACUUCGCAACACCGCAGUUUGUGGUGCAUAAUGAUCUGGACUAUCGGUUGCCCGUUGGUGAGGGGAUUGCGAUGUUUAAUGCGUUGCAGGAGUUGGGUGUGCCGUCGCGGUUUCUGAAUUUUCCGGAUGAGGGACACUGGGUGUUGAAUCAAGAGAACAGCCUCUUCUGGCAUCAAGAGAUAUACAACUGGAUCAACUACUGGACGGGCAAGAUUGGCUCGCUGGACGAUAAUGCUAUCACCCAGUGA